AUGGCCAUUGGCGCAGACUCAUCCAGGCUAGGUGUUGUUAGCCUCAAGGAACGUACCGCCUGGAAGACGGCAUUGGCAUCCCCACGCCCUGUCCUCGCGCAUCUGAACGCCGACACAACGUGGUUGCUGCAGCUUCCAGUUCCAGCAUCUGCAGGCGCGUCUCCAAGUUCAAAGUCCAAACCAAAGAAGACAGCUCGGCGCUCGCGCUUCAACAUCCUGAUCGACCCGUGGCUGCAGGGUCCGCAGAGCGACGUCGCCUCGUGGUUCUCAACCCAGUGGCACGUCAUCGAGCCUACUGUGCAGACAAUACAGGAGCUUGAUGGGGUCUUAGCCGAGUUGGAAGAUGGGCAAGCGAUCACCGGCACCAAGAUCGACUGUGUGGCUAUAUCACAUGAAUUCACGGACCACUGCCAUCAGGCGACACUGACGGAGCUGCCCAAGAGCGUGCCGGUAGUAGCCACGGAAAAGGCAGCAGACCUUAUACGCUCUUGGAAUCAUUUCGACACCGUCAUCACCACGCCUGGCUUCUCGUCCUCGACGCCAAAUUGGCAGGACAUCUUGGUAGAUCAGACAGGGAUACUGCCGCCGUGGCUGGGGAUUGGCCGUGUGAUCACACAAGGGAACGCACUGUAUUAUCACUCAGCGGUGAUAAUAGCCUUCGAUCUGGGAUACAGUCCUAACCGUAGAGCAACACGCUCAAAGGACACAGCGCCACAACAACAGUCAGAAGCGGUGAUAUACUCGCCUCACGGGAUCAAAGGGCCUGAUCUUGAUUGCGUCAGGGGGGCGGGCAUCAAGACUCUCGCCUUGCUGCAUGGCCUACACGAUAUCCGGAUAUGGAUGACGGCACAGCUGAACCUGGGGGCGCUCAAUGGCAUCCAGGCAGUGCGAGCAAGCGGUGCGAAGUACUGGGUAGCGACGCACGACGAGGCGAAGAGAGGAGGCGGCUUCAUCUCGUGGCUGCUGCAGCGGACGACAUAUUCCCUUCGAGACGCUGUUGAAACCGAGAAAGCAAAGGCGCAGGACGCUGAGGGUGAGCAGGACCUGGAUUAUGAUUUUGUUGAGCUGGGCUCAGGAGACGGGCUGGUUCUGACGUGA